UCGGCCCCACCCCGCUGCAGCCUCACUGGGGGCGCCCCCCCCAAGGGCCUGUGCCUGUUGGGGACCCUCCACGUGACUCGGUGAUGCAGAACGGUUAUGACCUUCAGUGAGUGUUUGUGAACGAGAGGGUCCCAGCAACUGUACGGGUUUACGCCCGGCCCUGCCCGUGGGUGCGGGGACGUGUGUGGGUGCGUGGGCAUAUGUGGGCGUGUUGGGGAGGGUGCCCAGCGACAUGUGACAAAGACCCGUCUCUGGGAGACGGUGAAGGGACCCGCGAGCUGGCGCUUUGUCUGGUCUGCAGUGAGGUUUGCGCCGCGGCGGCGGGCGCCCGAGCAGUGCAAGAUGCCGGGGCGCCAGGGUGGCCAGGGGCGCGCGCGCCUGUGCCAGGGUGAGUGCGCUGCGGCAGCAAUGAGGGGCGGCAUGGCGGGCCCACGCCAGCCUGGGCCUCGGGCGUGACUGGGCGCCACCCGUGGGCGCUGCAGUGGCCGCGUGUCCCUGUGACCUCGGGAGCCAGCCUGAGCCCAGCCGGGUGGAUCCCUGCACGCCCCUCCCCGUCCACCUUCCACGUGCGUGUCCACGGCGCGCGCACCCGCCAGCGCGCACCCGCCUGCCUGUCACCGCCGCCGCCGCCGCCACCACCACCGCGAACCGUGCUGGAAAAAGGUGCUGGGAACCGAGCGGGCCAGGGCCGUGGGCCCGAGCGCCAUGGACUGGAGAGCGCGAGGCAGGCGGCCUGGGCCUCGCUUCCGCGAGAGCGCGGCCUGGAGUCGGCGGGGGCUUCGGGGGCCGGUGGGGCCGGCGGAGAGGCCGGCCCGCGCCCCCUGAGCGACGGACGCCAGGCCAGACUCUGGAAGCUGGCUCUGGGACUGUGCUCUGGGCACAAGUGGGCACCUGCGCCAGCCCCACCUGUGCCUGGACUGCGGCCCUUCCCCACAGGGUGCCCACCAUGGCCCCGCCACUCUUGCUGCUGCUGCUGGCCAGUGGAGCAGCCGCCUGCCCGCUGCCCUGUGUCUGCCAGAACCUGUCGGAGUCACUCAGCACCCUCUGUGCCCACCGGGGCCUGCUAUUUGUGCCACCCAAUGUGGACCGGCGCACAGUGGAGCUGCGGUUGGCUGACAACUUUAUCCAGGCCCUGGGACCACCUGACUUCCGCAACAUGACAGGGCUGGUGGACCUGACACUGUCUCGAAAUGCCAUCACCCGCAUUGGAGCCCGCGCCUUUGGGGACCUGGAGAGCCUGCGCUCCCUGCACCUGGAUGGCAACAGGCUGGUGGAGCUGGGCAGUGGCAGCCUUCGGGGGCCCAUCAACCUGCAGCACCUCAUCCUUAGCGGCAACCAGCUGAGCCGCAUUGCACCAGGGGCCUUCGAUGAUUUCCUUGAGAGCCUCGAGGACCUGGACCUAUCCUACAACAAUCUCCGGCAGGUGCCCUGGGCUGGCAUUGGUGCCAUGCCUGUCUUGCAUACCCUCAACCUGGACCACAAUGUCAUUGACACACUGCCCCCGGGCGCCUUUGCCCAGCUUGGGCAGCUCUCCCGCCUCGACCUCACCUCCAACCGCCUGGCCACCCUGGCACCCGACCCACUCUUCUCUCGUGGGCGUGAUGCUGAGGCCUCGCCUGCACCCCUGGUACUGAGCUUCAGUGGGAACCCACUACACUGCAACUGUGAGCUCCUAUGGCUGCGGCGGCUGGCCCGGCCGGACGACCUGGAGACUUGCGCCUCCCCAGCGGGCCUAGCUGGCCGCUACUUCUGGGCAGUGCCUGAGGGCGAGUUCUCUUGUGAGCCACCUCUCAUUGCCCGACACACACAGCGCCUCUGGGUGCUGGAGGGCCAGCGAGCUACACUGCGAUGUCGUGCUCUUGGUGACCCAGCUCCCACCAUGCACUGGGUUGGCCCUGAUGACCGACUGGUUGGCAACUCCUCCCGAGCCUGGGCUUUCCCCAAUGGGACCCUGGAGAUAGGGGUGACAGGUGCUGGGGACGCAGGAGGCUAUACCUGCAUUGCUACCAACCCCGCUGGUGAGGCUACUGCCAGAGUAGAGCUCCGGGUGCUGGCCUUGCCCCAUGGUGGGAACACCAGUGCCGAGGGGAGCCGCCCCGGGCCCUCAGACAUUGCUGCCUCAGCUCGAACUGCUGCAGAGGGUGAGGGGAUUCUAGAGUCUGAGCCGGCUGUACAGGUGACAGAGGUGACAGCCACCUCAGGGCUGGUGAGCUGGGGCCCAGGGCGGCCAUCUGACCCUGUGUGGAUGUUCCAAAUCCAGUACAACAGCAGUGAGGACGAGACCCUCAUUUAUCGGAUCGUCCCAGCCUCCAGCCAUCACUUCCUGUUGAAGCAUCUGGUACCCGGUGCUGACUACGAUCUCUGCUUGUUGGCCCUGUCACCUGUUGCUGGGCCCUCCGACCUCACAGCCACCAGGCUACUGGGCUGUGCCCACUUUUCCACACUGCCGGCCACACCCCUGUGCCAUGCCCUACAGGCCCACGUGUUGGGCGGGACCUUGACUGUGGCCGUGGGGGGUGUGCUGGUGGCUGCCUUACUGGUCUUCACUGUGGCCUUGCUGGUUCGGGGCCGGGGAGCAGGGAAUGGCCGCCUCCCCCUUAAGCUCAGCCAUGUCCAAUCCCAGACCAAUGGAGGGCCCAGCCCUACACCCAAGCCCCACCCACCACGGAGCCCCCCACCUCGCCCCCAGCGCAGCUGCUCCCUGGACCUGGGAGAUGCUGGGUGCUACGGCUAUGCCAGACGCCUGGGAGGGGCCUGGGCCCGGCGGAGCCACUCUGUGCAUGGGGGGCUGCUGGCAGCAGGGUGCCGAGGCCUGGGGGGCAGUGCUGAGCAGCUGGAAGAGAGUGUGGUGUGAUGGGAGGGGGCGAUUCUCUUUGUGCCCUGAGGAAUGAGCAGCGUGGCCAGGAAGGUCAGGGCUGCAGCUGCCUGGCACGGCAAGCCACACUGCCCUGGGCCCCUCCUGGUUUUUAUCCUCGGUACCUCAGGCUCCCCGUGACUUGGUGGGACAGGGAACAACUUUCCUUGGUUCUGGCCUCCAGACUGGGGUAAAGGGACAGGUCCCUCCGAUAGGUGCUCAGAGCCACCAAGGCAGGGCUGCAGCCACCAAGUGGGGGUGUUGUUUCUGUUUAUAAUAAAAUUGUUGGGGACACCUCA